CAGCUUGUUCAGCCUCUUCCUGUCAGCCGCUGCUCCAGAAGACCACUCCAUAAAAGUCUGAUGCCCCCACCGAGUCAAAGGAGGUCUUCAGGAGGUCUCCCUGCACUCAUGAAGACCUCCUCAGACCUCAGUCUCCUCAGCAGAAAGAGUGUGUGUGUGUGUGUGUGUGUGUGUGUGGUCGACCCAAAUAACUACCACUAUCUGAUCAUUAGUGACUGUGGAAACAGAGCAAAGGACCCUCUUUACCACACACACAAACACACACACACACACAUUCUCAUGUAAUUCCAAACUCACAUGCACUGCCCAGAGUCUUUACUACAGUACUAGAAACAUCCAGUAAUCUCCUAAAUACUCCCACUUCUCUCUCUCUCCUCCCUUUCUUCCCGUGUUGUUCGACGCCACGGUGCUGUUCUCAGACUGGGAGGCAGACCUCCACACAGACUGGGAGGCAGACCUUCACUCAGACUGGGAGGCAGACCUUCACACAGACUGGGAGGCAGACCUUCACACAGACUGGGAGGCAGACCUCCACACAGACUGGGAGGCAGACCUUCACUCAGACUGGGAGGCAGACCUUCACUCAGACUGGGAGGCAGACCUUCACUCAGACUGGGAGGCAGACCUUCACACAGACUGGGAGGCAGACCUUCACUCAGACUGGGAGGCAGACCUUCACACAGACUGGGAGGCAGACCUCCACACAGACUGGGAGGCAGACCUUCACUCAGACUGGGAGGCAGACCUUCACACAGACUGGGAGGCAGACCUUCACUCAGACUGGGAGGCAGACCUUCACACGGCUCUUGGACUCAUUGCUCAACGAUGCAGUAGAGGGGAGGAUUAGCUGAAGCGGAGCUCCAGAGCGAGGACACCGGGUUCCUGGCGGACUGAGAGACACACUGCCGUCCUCUCUGUCUCUUUCCCCCCUAAAUCUCCUCUUAUCGCCCUCCAUCUCCGUCUACCCUCCGUCCUCUCUCCACCAUGACCCUUUUGUUGGAGGACCAGUCUGCGAGGCCCGGCAGGCACACCGGCACUUCUUUGUACCCGACGGACUUCGCCGGCUCCAAGGACCACCCGGACAGCGUGGACUGCGGCUCGGCGUUCGGAGCCGUCGAGCCCCCCAGGCUCCCGCGGGGCCGCCUCAUCCUCCACGGCACGGUCAUGUUCGGAAGGGAAUUCUGCUACGCCGUGGAGGCGGCGUUCGUGAUGCCGGUGCUCCUGAGCGUGGGCCUGCCCCGCAGCCUGUACAGCCUGGUGUGGCUGCUCAGCCCCAUCCUGGGCUUCCUGCUGCAGCCCGUCAUCGGCUCGGCCAGCGACUACUGCCGCUCGCCGUGGGGCCGGCGGAGGCCCUACAUCCUGGCCCUGGGCAUCCUCAUGCUGCUGGGACUCACCCUGUUCCUGAACGGAGACGCCGUGGUCUCAGCGCACGUCAGCGACCGCUCGUCCAGGAGCACCUGGGCCAUCGUGGUGGUGAUGAUCGGGGUCGUGCUGUUCGACUUCGCCGCAGACUUCAUCGACGGGCCCAUCAAGGCCUACCUGUUCGACGUGUGUUCGCACCGAGACAAGGAGAGAGGUCUGCACUACCACGCGCUGCUCACAGGUCUGGGCGGUGCGUUCGGCUACCUGGUUGGAGCUAUGGACUGGGGUCACUCCAUAUUGGGUCAGCUGCUGGGCUCCGAGUACCAAGUCAUCUUCUUCUUCUCAGCGUUGACAUGGGGCAUCUUCCUCACUGUGCACCUCUUCAGUAUUCCAGAGCAACCUCUGGGCAAGGAGCCGUUUGCCCCUGACCCCUCACCUUCCACCGCCCUCCGCCGACUGGGCUCCCACAGCAAUGGUUACGGAGGUCUGGCUAAAGAGCCCGUCUACGCUGGAGGCCCCGCAGCCGUCUCCGACCUCAGGCCGAGGUCGUUCUCGGCUCUGGGAGAGGCCAACUCGGUGACCUCCAGCGCUAAGCAGCCCAACAAAGAGGCCCAGAAGAGGAUGACGUUCAGGUCGAUGAUGAAGGCCAUCGUCAACAUGCCGAGCCACUACCUCUACCUGUGUGUCAGCCACCUGCUGGGAUGGACGGCCUUCCUCUGCAACAUGCUCUUCUUCACAGACUUCAUGGGACAGAUUGUGUACAAAGGAAAUCCUUAUUCCGACCAUAACUCCACGUCCUACGCCACCUAUGAGAGGGGUGUAGAAGUGGGCUGCUGGGGCCUGUGCAUCAAUGCUGUGUCCUCAGCUCUCUACUCCUACGUGCAGCGUUUCCUCCUCCCGUACAUCGGCCUGAAGGGAUUGUAUUUCGUGGGCUACUUUGUAUUCGGGAUGGGAACCAGCCUGAUUGGCCUCUUUCCCAACAUCAUCGCCACGCUCAUCCUCUGCAGCGUAUUUGGCGUCAUGUCCAGCACGCUCUACAUCAUCCCAUUCAACCUGAUAGCCAAGUACCAGCAGGAAGAAGAGGAACAGCUGAAGCUGCGAGGGAGCGCCGAGUGCGACCGAGGCACCGGGGUGGACUGCGCCGCCCUCACCUGCAUGGUCCAGCUGGCUCAGAUCCUUGUGGGCGCGGGACUGGGAGCGCUGGUCAACAUGGCGGGGAGCGUCAUCGUGGUGGUCCUCUCGGCCUCCACCGUGUCCCUGUUCGGCUGCAUCUUCAUCGUCCUCUUUAUCAGAUGCGUGGACUAAUUCUGCUUCUAUAAAAAGUAUUUAAUGGUGUUGUUUUAAUAAAUACAGAUUCUUUAUUA